AUGGAGAUUCCGCGCGGUCAGAAAUUCAUACAGACACAAAGGGGUUCGACAGGAAAGUCCUUUCGAUCUAAUCCAUUCUUGGGGUCAAAUAAAGACAAAGGAUAUGUAAGUGACCUAGCACGACAAAGCACUCUCCGAGGGCAUGGAAUGUCUAAUUUUUCGGUCAGAAUCUCGACAGUAAUGUCUCUGUUAGAUUUUCCGGUCGAAAUACGGAAAAACUCCAUUCAAUUCUCGAUGGAAACGGAGUUUUGCGAAUUCUCCCCGGAACUGGAAGAUCAUUUCGAGAUCUUCGAACAUAUUCGAGGGUUCAAUGUGACUAUUGUCACUUCGGCCAACACACAAGAUGAGACUUUACCACCGUGGAGCGGCUUUUUGCAAAAAGAUGAGGGGGAAACUCAGUAA